UCGUUCUUGCAGAUCCAUCCCAGCAGAAAAACUAUGUGUUAUGCCAAACACAUAUCUGCUUAGAAAACCACACUGCAUUCCCUCUGAAAAUAGCAGCCUUGUGGUAUCUUGUUCUCUGAACCUCUACCCAACUGUAGACUUCCAUGAUCACACAUAGACGAACCCGCAUGAGUCGAUCUCUUUCAGACCCUUCUGCAACACCCUUCACGCUGACUAAAGAAUACCAUCUGAACAGACAUGAAACACUCAAAUCAUUCAAGGUUCUAAGGCGUCCCCUAGUUCCAAGAAUUCCAUGAGAUACCGAGCUGAAAUAACCCCAUAGAUUAACACACCACCUGCGACUGAUAUACCAUGUAGAGAUAACCCAAGAACACCGUGAAAUCCCUCACUGAAUCUUCAGAUAAUCCCAUACAAAACACCAGUGCGAAAAUCCCUUGUGCUCCACUAUGCUCUCCACUCCAAUAACUUACAGAAUAUGAAAAAAUCCGAAACUCCAAUGCAUAUAGUCACACACGCCUUGUGACUGUCACACACUCCUUGUAACUGCAGAUCGAAGACAGCUCUGAAACCUCUGUUUCUUAUGCUAGCAGCCUGCCACCAUCUUGACUUGUGAGUAACCUGAAACCCUUCUCACAUAGUAGCAGAUUCUUGCACCCUUGGAGAACUGUAGAGAAACCCAGAUUUCAUAAACUCGAAAUCAUCUCAACCGAUUCAACUGACUUGUGAAUCCUUCCUCCGUAAACUUGUGCAACUGCAGCGAAGAACGUCGAACAGUUUUCCUUCUUCUCUUGUAAACCGAAAAUCUCUUUCACCUGAUCUGAUCUCGGUGUAUUACUCUGAUUGGGUAAAACCACGUGACCACCAGCUUCAUAUGUCUCUCCUCCUAGAGACGUGGACUCCAUGAAUCAAUGAGCCUAUGCUCUGAUACCACUUGUUGCGGAAUUCGUGGUUCUUCUGAUACCACUUGUAGAGUCAAUCGUAACUCUAACAAGACUUCCUUGGGGAUUCAUAGUAUCCCCUGGUCCCUUGAUCUUUCCCAUUGAUUCAAUCCUUGUUCAUGACACAAGAGUUUUUCACCCAGUUCGCGGCCGCAGCACACUACAUCUGGGGUGGAUCCAGGAUCCACAACAUCCACUAUGAAGUAUCGGAAAACACCUCCGAUGUGGUUUACAAGAUCAUAACUCUCUCUCUGUUCCUGGGUAUGCAAACCCUAGAGAGUAUAAAGAGAUAAUACAAGAGUACAUGGCUAAGAGCUAAGACUAGAACAACAUAUCAUCUCUAGCUUACUCUAUCUCUCUAAGAGACGCCAUGGAAGCUCCCUCUGGAUGCUUUGAGGCUCGUGCCUCCCAGAAGCUUGGCUUAGAGAUCCCUGUCGUGAUCUCUCCUUCUUUGUAUUGUCAGCACUUAACCUAAUGGGCUUUAUCGAUUAAGCCCAUAGGUUGUCCACGCGUAACUUGUGCAACUCGGCCCAGCCGAUGAACAAGUCCGAUGGGCUUGACCAAACCUCACAAGACCUGAUCAGAAUCUAAGAAACAAUCAAUCUCCUCCUACACAAAUCAUGGAUAGAUCUACAAACGACACCUCGACUACUCCUACUACACCUCCUUACAGAAUCCCUUCACACGUUUUCGAAAAAACAACUUCAAAAGCUCCCGUGGAAUGGAGCACUCUCUCCAACGAAUCUCUCUUCAGCAUCCGCAUGGGAAACAAUAGCUUCACUGAAAUAGAUUACUUCAAAUCCGGCGAGCUCACGUUUCCUCAACCUCCUUCUCCGAGAACUCCUCAUAUGCCUUCUCCGCGCCUCGACACAAACCAAGCAGCAGUAGAGGAGGCCAAAACUCCUGUGGAUUUAGCCAAGAAAGCAGCUGAAACAGACAAAGCGUGUCGCGCAAGUAAAGAUGAAGAACAAAAAGCCGCCGCAAGUAUAAGAGAAGUUAUCAUGGCUAAUGAAGCUUCUAAUAAAGACAACAACAACAAAAAUAAUAAGUUAGAUCGGUCUGUUUCUCGUCGGUCGGAAGAUUUAAGCGUCAAGUCUUUCGCUUUCCAAAAAUUAGGGAAUGCAGAUAAAGGCGGAUUACAAGGCUCAACGCCACAAAAGAGGAGGACUUCGCAGCCAGAGUCGCCAAAGAGUUCGUCUGAGGCUGAUGAAGGAGAUGAAUCUCAUAAACCUCUUACUCCUAAAGCAGAAGCUGAUUGUGCAUGUAACCGCAACCCUAGAUGGUUAUCUUGCUUCCCUUGCUGCACAACUUUCUGUGUCUAA